AUGACAGAUUCUUCUUCUUCAGAGCUACCGCGUGUCCCCGGAGAAGAACAUAAAGGGGCAGGAGAAUCCGAGGAGGAGUCUAUCACUAGGGCAAAUGGUGGGAGCUCCAAGAUCACUGAGACAGAUAAAGAAGCUGAGCUUGUCCAUGAUGAUGGACCAGAUUAUAGAGCCAAUUCUAUUCCAAAAUCCAUGAAGAAGGAAAUGGCAGGUUCUUCUUCCUCAGAGCCGCAGAGCGCCCCCAGGAAGGAGAAGAACUUAAAGGGGCACGGUAGGGGCAGGAGGAUCCGAGUGUCAGCUCCAUGUGCUGCUCGAAUCUUCCAGCUAAAGGAAGACUUGGGUUUGAAGUCUGAGGGUGAGACGAUUCAGCGGCUUCUCGAACAUGCAGAGGAGUCCAUCGCUAGGGCAAAUGGUGGGACCCCAAAACUCAGGGAGACAGAUAAGGAAGCUGAGCUUGUCGAUGAUGAUGGUGGUUCGAAGACCGGAGGACAUGCGCCUGUAGGACCUCGUCCAGUGUUUAUACCAGGGAGAGGAUACUGGAUUGUGCCUGAAGGUGGAGGGCCACAGCAAGUGUGGCCGGUUCCCAUGGCUCUUACCCAUGGUAUUUGCACCACAAUGCAAGGUCGGUGUCGGCAGAGUUCUCUAAGCACAACCAGUCAACCUUUAGCUCCAAUGAUGAAUUCAUUGAGGACGUUUUUGAGGGUCUCUAUUUGA